AUGCGUGUGCUCACCAUAUCAGGCAUCUUUGCUGUUGAUGAGGCAGCCUCGCCAGGCAAGGAGAUUGUUUACGGGCUUACCUCAACCACACGCCUACUCGUCGUGUCUUUGAUUAAAUCAAACUUAUUUCCUAUUCUGUCUUUGAUGCUUGAUUCAACUGUCAUUGCCCCCUUUUUGGGCAUGCACUCAUGGUUCCUAGAUGAGCAUUCCAGGUCCCUGUUCAAAAAGGCUCACAGCCUUAACUUUUGGGAGAUGCCUGAGCAGGAUGAUGCUUACAACCAGAUACUCAAUAAUGCAAUGGUUUCGGAUAGUAACUUUCUCACGGACAUCAUCUUAAGGGAGUGUGGUGAUGUAUUUCUUGGCAUAAACUCUCUUAUUGAUGUUGGUGGAGGCCAAGGUGGAGCUGCCAGGGCAAUUGCGAUUGCGUUCCCGCAAAUGAAAUGCACCGUGUUGGAUCUCCCUCAUGUGAUUGCAGAAGCUCCUAGUGAUGUCCAUGUGUCGUUUAUUUCUGGCGAUAUGUUUAAGUACAUUCCGCCAGCAAAUGCUCUUUUCCUAAAGUGGGUUUUUCAUGAUUGGGGUGAUGAAGACUGUGUCAAAUUAUUGAAAAAUUGCAAGGAAGCAAUCCCUCCCAGAGAUGCUGGUGGAAAGGUGAUAAUUGUAGAUAUGGUGGUUGGAUCUGGGCUAAAUGAGAUUGUAACAAGAGAGACACAUGUUUUGUAUGAUCUAUUUAUCAUGUGCGUUGAGGGGAUUGAGCGAGAGGAAUUUGAAUGGAAAAGGAUAUUCAUGGAAGCUGGGUUCGGUGACUACAAGAUUAUAUCAGUGCUGGGAGUUAGAUCUGUUAUUGAGCUCUACCCUUGA